UGGGGAAACCACGGGAAGCGAGAGAGGCAGUGAGAAAGCCGUCUGAUCAGCUUGCGGACAUUAAUCAGAGCUCCCUGCCCCUCCUCCACACUGCAGUGUGACAGAAGCAUGUUCUGCUGAAGCAGGGUUGAGGAGAAACCGGGGAAGAGCUGAGCCAUGGGGGAGGUAGUAAAGGGAAAAGGCAGAGCGUGAGUGAGCAAGUGGUGCAGGGUCUGCUCACGGGAGAGAGAGCGGGAGAGAGAAGGAACGAGAGCGCAGAGACAGACAACGACAGAAGAUCUGGCAGGCAUUCUAGCUGCCAGGGCUGUAGCUGAUUGGCUGAUCAAGCAGAGAUUGCUGAUGCCUUUUAGAGGGCAUCUCAGAGGAAUCACUGUGAAACCUGGGAGAGAGCACCGUCAUCUCUGCGCUGCUUGUGGCUUUCAUCUGACUGACUGGACCUUUGGAGGUGGAUCCAGAUACUCAGAGAGCGUCCGGGUGUUUCCACCCCUCCCCAGCCCUAUACCUGCCUACCAGUUCGAUCCUCCUGCCAGUUCUGAGCUCUCUGACUGGAUUCAGCAAUGAACUACUUGCGCCGACGCUUGUCAGACAGCAGCUUCAUCGCUAACUUACCUGAUGGGUACAUGACAGACCUUCAGAGACCAGACCCUCCUCCACAGCCCCCGCCCCAAGCCAAAGGUCCAGCGGCUCCCCGUGUCACCUCUCCUGCUCCAGACCGAAGAGCUCAGCCUGCCCAGCCUGCCCAGCCUGCCCAGUCUGCCCAGGCAGCCCAGGCUGUCCAUCACCCCCAGCCACCCCACUCUCCCCAGUUGGCUCAGUCAGCUGGGACAGGAUUCUUCAGCUCCAUCACCAAUGUGGUCAAGCAGACUGCUGCCUCAGCGGGAUUGGUGGAGCAGACUCCCACCGGAGCCCCAAACAAGUUCAAGAUCCUGAUGGUCAUUGACAAAGCUCAGCAGGACUGGGCGAGGCUUUUCAAAGGAAAGAAAGUACAGGGAGAGUAUGACAUCACAGUGGAACAGGCUGAAUUCUCCGAGAUCAGCCUUGUGUCACACGCCGAUGGAAACUGCAAUGUGCAUGUGCAGGUGCUCCAGAAUGGGACCAAGGCAGUCAGGUCCUUUAAGCCCGAUUUUGUCCUGAUCCGGCAGCAUGCUUUCAGCAUGGCAGAGAAUGAGGACUUCCGCAAUGUGAUAAUUGGCCUCCAGUACGCUGGAAUUCCGAGCAUCAACUCCCUGGAAUCUAUCUACAACCUCUGCGACAAACCCUGGGCGUUUGCUCAGCUAAUAAGCGCCUACAAAAGCCUUGGGCCAGAGAAAUUCCCCCUGAUUGAACAGACCUUCUAUCCAAACUAUAAAGACAUGGUCACUAUGCCUACUUUUCCUGCUGUUGUAAAAAUUGGACAUGCUCACUGCGGCAUGGGAAAGGUGAAGGUGGACAGCAACAGUGGCUUCCAGGACAUUACCAGCGUGGUAGCCCUGACACAGACCUAUACCACCACGGAGCCCUACAUCGACUCCAAGUAUGACAUCAGGAUCCAGAAGAUAGGCAGCAAUUACAAAGCCUACAUGAGGACCUCGAUCUCUGGCAGCUGGAAAGCAAACGCCAGCUCUAGCAUGGUCCAACAAGUAGCCAUGACUGAGAGGUACAAGCUGUGGGUGAAUACCUGCUCAGAGAUUUUUGGGGGGCUGGAUAUCUGUGCAGUCAAAGCCAUCCAUGGCAAAGAUGGGAAGGGUUACAUCUGUGAGGUCGUUGGUUCAUCCAUGCAUCUGAUUGGAGAGCACCAAGCCGAAGACGAGCGGCUCAUCUGUGACUUAGUUGUGGCAAAAAUGAAUGAGACAAUGACACGGUCUUCUCAGAGGCCAACGACAGCCCAGCCAUCACAGAGAACAGCCCCAGAUGAGGUUUUGGCCAACCCCAGUAAGAUGGCAGCCCAGCGACCUUCACCCCAAGGGGUCCCAGUGAAACCCCAAGAAUCCCAUUCCCAAAGACAGCAGUCCUUCUCAGAGCUGACCCAAGCUUCAUUCCAAGACAGUCAACACCCAAAGGGUAAGAAGCUAUCUGAGGACCAAUCAACCAGGGCUCAGACUCAAACACCAGCAUCUCCCAAAAAGCUGAAGUCAAAACACUGGCUUCACCAUCAGCUCCCUGCAAAUGCUCAGGCCCAGCCUCAUAUCCAGCCCCAAACACAGCCCCCACCUUUGGAACAAGGCCAAGUUCUGCCCUGUAGUCCUUCACAAGCCCAGCAAACUGCGGAGGAUCAGACUGCAGAAGUGAAGGUUCAGUCCCAACCACAGCUGAAUAAAUCCCAAUCACUGACUAAUGCCUUCAGUUUUGGCGGCUCAUCUUUCUUUCGCACCAACAACGAGGACCAGGCCAAAGCGGAGACCAUCCGCAAUCUCCGUAAGUCUUUUGCUAGUCUGUUCUCCGACUAGCUUCAGAAAAACAAUGAACAUGAACAUUAGAAAGUACUGUAUCAAGUGGUAUUCAAAUUAACUAAAUAUACAAAUUUCAACGUCUCGCCAUGUCAGAUAUUCAAUGUCCUUAAAAAAAACAACAGCCAUGUAUGAGGUGUUAAGUAGUACUGCCAUUUGUUUAUAGUUUGCUGGGGUCAAACAAAGGUGAUUUAAAAACAAAAUGCUAAAUUUUGCAGAACAUGUGUAUUGAGUUAUGCUUUGGAUGUUGUCCUCUUAUUACUUUUGAGUUUAACCUGCAAAACUUUCUAUGAAGAGUUCUUUUCUUAAUGUACUUUUUGUGUGGCUAUCCAAGUAUGCAUGUUUGAGAUCACUGCAAGCAGGUUGUUCUCGCAGAUUAACUCAAAUACUUAACAAGACCAAAAACUACUGUUCAUGCUAAUAAAACCAUACUAGCUAUACAAAAGCAGUGAAAUGUCAAACUGUACUGUUAUUAGACAUUUAAGGCUUAUGUGCAGAAAUUGUAUUGUUUUAUGGAUACAGUUUAAGUGUGCUGUAUUCUUUCUCUUCAUCAGUUCUUCCAUUUGGAUCUUGUUUAACCUGGGCAUAUUACAAUUCUGUGUGACACUGUGAGUCUUGUUUAAUUUAAAGAUAUCAUUAAAUUCUUCAAACAAAAAUUGGCUGAUUAUUUGUGGAUUUACAAUUUUUGGACAGAAUUAUGUGCCCACUCUUCUACUCUCCCACCCAGCUCUUUAGACUAAUGAAUACUGAAUAACAGAGAAAAGCUCAUUACAAGCGCGGUGAGGACUUCAGCUGACAUAUUUUAACUGAAGGCCACUGUCGCCAUCAUCUGGCCUAGUGCAUACACACAACUGCAGGGAUCUUUACAUCCUGCUGCUACAUUUCUGCUGUCCACGGCAGUUGUUGUUCCAUUUCUGAAAAUUCCAUUAGUAUUGUUUAAUGAAUUGAAAAGGAAAAAAACUAACAUUUAUACAUCUUACCAAUAUAAAUUGGGAGUCAUCAGCAACUGCACUCCUUAAAAUAAAUAGCUACAGCUGCAUAAUUUUAUCGCUAUUCAUAAAACAUGUAUGAUUUGUGUUUUGCAUAAAAACUAAAGUUAAAGCAAUUGCAAAAUCCUCCAAAAUUAGUUGUUUUAAAAGUCUAAUUAUUUAAUCUAAAGCCAAGCAUAACUCCCAUGGAAAUAUUUAUAUAUUUUUGCCUGUUUUGUAGCAGACACUGAGUUACUGUUUCUGGAUACUCAUUGGAGCAGCAUGGUUUAAAAAUCAGUUUCCUUGACCAUCCAGUUACAUUUAGGGGUUUCAGUACAUGCUGCCCUCUUCUGUCAGCCCCAAUAGGAACUUAUCCUGAAGUCUAGGUAAGAGGCAGAUCAAUGAGAUUUAAGUGUAUGUUACAGUAGAUGUUGACAGCAGGUGGCACUGUGGUUGAAGACUAUGGAGAGCAAGGAACUGAAGAAUGUUAUGUAUGUGUAUAUAUAUGUGUACACUGAUACACACACACACACACACAUCAUUGUUCACAGCAUAGCAAAAAUUACAUUUGUAAUAUAAAAUUUAGCAGGUAAAUAUUAAAGACAUGCUGGUAUAACAUUAAAAAUGAAAAUUAAUUGCUAUCUGCAGGUGUACCUCAUGCAAACUGUUUUGGUUUCCAAGCCCGCACCGAUUACAGUGUAUUAGUGCACUUCUGCACAAAUAAUUUUACUCUAGCUUUCACAAUGAAUGACUACAACCUCGACUAUAUAAUAAACUCUUUAAUAAUUCACCUCAUUAUUGGUGUAACAUGCUAAAAACAUGAAGUAUUGUUUUAUUUUUAAGUUCUGCCACAUUAAGACAGAACCAGACAUUGUUAAAAACCUUCCAAUAAGUGCCGCUACUUUUGCAG